CGAUGAACCCCUUCGGCGAACUUUUGAUUGGGAAACUGUUGGCUAUCAGGCGGUCUGUGGUGCCAAUGGGCUGGUUUUGCUCACGUUGCAUCCGUGAGUUAGGCAUGUCUUUAGAUAUGUAAGAUGUCUGAUAUCUGCCGAGGGCCCGCAGCUGGGGAUGAGGGGGGAUGAUUGCAGAUGAUUAAUUUGGAGGAGGUGCGAUAGAGGCCAAAGGAUAUUAAUAUCAUAUCAAUCGCCCCGGCGCCAGCACUCAUCAGUUGAACUUUGACGCGACAUUUUCAAGUAUCGGUACAGCUACAUGUGCCUACGUACUUGCUGAGAGCAAGACAAGCGUACACGAUGCUUCGCAGUACCCCAACAGGGACUUGGAUCCCGGCCUGGGUGCCAGAAUCCACCACCACCGUCUCUGUUCUUCUGCUCAUCUGCUCCAUGGUUCAGUCCGCAACUGGUGGCUACGAUGGUUCUAUGCUCAACGGCUUGAACAUUUUGCCUUCAUACACAGACUACUUCAACUUGAACAGUGCUACUACCGGCCUCAACACCGCGUCCGUCUUUAUUGGCGGCUUCUUUGGCCCGAUUUUCGCUGGUGUUAUGACUGAUCGGCUUGGUCGUCGUCCCGCCAUCUUCUGGGGCUCAGUCGUGACGCUAUUGGGUAUUAUUUUGCAAACCGCGGCACAAAACAUUGCCAUGUUUGUUGUGGCGAGAAUCAUUCUUGGAUGGGGUAGUGCCAUUUCGUCCGUUGCAGGCGCCGUCUACCUGAGUGAAACAUUUGCGAGCAGAUAUCGCGCGUGGGGUGUUGGCAUUCUGAACAACUUUUACUAUGUUGGUUCACUGAUAGCUGCCGGAGUCACUCUUGGCACAGGCCAGUGGCAGUCUACGUGGGCCUGGCGUGUUCCGUCACUACUCCAGGGAAUAUUCUCCUUUGCUUGUAUUAUCGUGCUGCCUUUUAUUCCUGAAUCGCCUCGUUGGCUGGUUAGCAAAGAGCGCUACGAAGAUGCGCGACUCUCUGUCGCUCAAACCAACGCCGAUGGCGACAUAACUAACCCGGUUGUGGUGGCCGUCUACAAAGAGAUUGUCGACACUCUUGAAUGGGAGAGGAAGAACGGUAUGACGAUGAGUCCCAGGGAAAUCAUCAAGACUCCGACGGCGCGAAAGAGAACCUUGAUCGGGGCAUCAGUCGGACCCUUCUCAUGCAUUGCUGGAAAUGUCAUCGCAUCGUAUUAUCUUGGAAAUGAAUUGGACACGGCGGGUAUUACAGACUACAAUGACCAACUCAAGGCCAACGUUGUACUCAACGUCUGGUGUCUUUUCUGCGCAUUCGGCGGCACUCAUUUGGCGGCGGUAUGGGGUCGAAAGCCCACUGCGCUUCUUUCACAGAGUCUCAUGAUCGUAUGCCUUUUCAUCAUCGGUGGCUUGUCCAAGAUGUACGCAGAUAACCCGGAUGGUGCCUCCACCAGCUUGAUCUACGGUGACGUUGCCGUCAUGUUCAUCUUCCAGGGAAUUUACUCCAUUGCCUUUACGCCCUUGCUAUACCUUUACCCGCCAGAGGUGAUGAACUACCCUAUUCGAGCCAACGGAUUGGCAUUGGCCAACUUUAGUUUGAAUGGAUUGGCUCUCCUCCUCACGUUUGUGAUGCCUAUUGCGCUGACCAACAUUGGAUGGAAAACGUACAUCAUCAACGGCUCAUGGGACAUUGUCACGCUCGUCCUUAUUGCUGUCUAUUGGGUAGAGACAAAGGGCAAAACCUUGGAAGAAAUCGACGCCAUCUUUGAGGGAGAGAAGCAUUCUUCCGUACCCGACAUUGAGGAUAUCCGUACUGGCAAGAAGACGGUGGAUGUGACACAAAUAGAACUUGAACUCCAUGACGAAAUCGGGCUCAAGAGUCACGAGGCUUAAGAGACGAGCGAGUUCGCUAUAGUGUUAUUUUAUAUGUCAGAACUACGUGUAGUUUAAUGCCAUCACGAUGAGUAAUGCCCAAGCACCAUGAUGAAUACGAGGCAUUUACUGUAGUGAAGCAAUGAGUGGACGAAAUAGGUUAAAGAAUAUUACAACUAUCAGCCCGUGAAGGUUUGUAAC